ACAGAGUCAAAACACAGACAAAGAAAAAUACAAGGACAUAUAAAUAGCGAAUAAAAGAGCAUUGUCGUUUGGGAGUUUGGAGGAACAAAACCGAACCACGAGCACCACCAAAUCUAGCAACUAGCAACUAGCAAGUUUUGUUUGGUUGGAAUCUUCUUCUACGCGACAUCCCAAAGGAUCUUCACAAGUGUUUCCAACACUCACCUCUCACCUACUUAGAAACCAAACCCAGUGAAAAUAACCAGGCGUAGAAGAUGCAGCAGAACCCUCCAAUGAUUCCUAUGAUGCCUUCAUUCCCUCCUACAAACAUAACCACCGAGCAGAUUCAAAAAUAUCUUGAUGAGAACAAGAAGCUGAUUAUGGCAAUAUUGGACAAUCAAAAUCUUGGAAAACUUGCUGAAUGUGCCCAGUACCAAGCUCAGCUUCAAAAGAAUUUGAUGUAUUUAGCUGCAAUUGCUGAUGCCCAGCCACAAACACCAGCCAUGCCUCCACAGAUGGCCCCGCACCCUGCGAUGCAACAAGGAUUCUAUAUGCAACAUCCUCAGGCAGCAGCAAUGGCUCAGCAACCAGGAAUUUUCCCCCAAAAAAUGCCAUUGCAAUUUGGUAAUCUACAUCAAAUGCAGGAUCAACAGCAGCAGCUACACCAGCAGGCCAUCCAAGGGCAAAUGGGACUGAGACCCGGAGGGAUAAAUAAUGGCAUGCAUUCAAUGCACAGCGAGGUUGCUCUUGGAGGUGGCAGCAGUGGCGGUCCACCUUCGGCUACUACCGGUCCAACUGAUGUACGCGGUGGAAGCAAGCAAGAUGCUUCUGAGGCUGGGACAGCUGGUGGAGAUGGCCACGGUGGUUCAUCCGCUCCACAUAACAGUGGAGAUGGUGAAUCAUCUUAUCUGAAGGGGUCAGAAGAGGCAAAGUGACAUAUUUUCUUCUACGUUUCAUAAGAUGUAUGUGACUGUUGAUAGUAGGUUUUUCUUAAAAGGUAGGGCUAAUGUAUUCUGAUGACCUUUAAUAUAUCGACCAAAGGACAAAAGAGCUUCUCUUGUUUAACAGAUUAGGUAGAUGCUGUUUUAUUAGGGUUUUGGCAUGCAGUGAGUUUGUGUCAACAGAAACUCCAGGUGCCACAUCAUGAUGAACUAGUAUGAGGAAGAGGUGAAAGCAUGUGUUCUACACUACCAUGUCCUUCAAAUUUUUUAUUACAUAAAUUGCUUGCGGGUUUUUCACAA